AUGGGCAACACCAGGCGUAAAAGACAGUUGGAUAGCCUCACCGUCCUUGUUGAGUUGCUCGGUAGGGAAAGGUCCUUCACCCACCCUGGUUGUGUAAGCUUUCACCACACCAUAAAUGUUUCUGAUGCUCUGAGGAGGAAUACCAAGACCAGUCAGAACUCCACCGAUACCGGUGUUGGACGAGGUGACGUAUGGGUAAGUACCGAAGUCGAUGUCCAACAUCAAAGCGUUGGCACCCUCAAUCAAAAUCUUCUUCUUUUCCUGGAGAGCCUUGUGCAUGAACUGGACAGAGUCCACAACAAAUGGCUUGAUCUUUUCUCUGAGCUCCUUGUACUUGGCGAGCUCAGUCUCGACGUCGCAGUCAAACUCACCGUAUCUCUUGAAACGGGUGUCGACAAGUCUUCUGACUCUGGUCUCGAACUCUUUCCAGGAGUCUGGCUCGUCCGAAACCAAGUGGUGGACUCUCACACCGGAUCUGGAGGCCUUGGUGGAAUAAGUUGGUCCAAUACCCUUACCGGUGGUUCCAAUGGACUUCUUGUUGCUGGAAAGCUCGGCCUCUCUAAGUUUGUCCACACGCUGGUGGAAGUCGAAAACCAAGUGAGCUCUAGAAGACAAGAACAAACGACCUUUACAGUCGAGUCCCUGCUCCUCGAUUUUGUGCAACUCCUCGAAGAACGAUGGAAGAUGAACAACAACACCGGAUCCAACCAGGUUGACACACUUUGGAUUCACCAAUCCAGAAGGAAGCAUGUGGAAAUCGUACUUCUUGUCUCCCACAACAAUGGUGUGUCCGGCGUUGUUACCACCUUGACAUCUGGCACACACCUCGAUGUCGUCACAAAGAAGAUCGACAAGUUUUCCUUUACCUUCGUCACCCCACUGGGCACCUAA